AUGUCAUGCCUCCAUAAUGCUCAGCAGCAAAAUUCUGCCUUUCAGAAUGAUCUAGAGGAGUUUGCUUUUGACCCUUCCGUUGUAAAUAUACCGAGGCGUCCGGCCACAACCAGCACCAGCAGCAAUCAGCUACUGCAACCGCAGCCUUACUUAGGUCAUUUGGAAAACCAGAAUCUAUUUAUUUCACAAAUCCCCGUAUUAUCCGCCCACAAUGGCCUAUUGCAACCUCCUUUCAAAUAUCGCCCGCGUGAUAUCAACUUUGAAAACUGCCCAUCUCUUGAUACCAAUCUCCCUAGACCUACCACUUUUACGGACUCUACAUUUAUCUCUACACCUUCGCCUUCAAUGCGGUCCUUUUCCUCUAGCCCUGUAUUGCAACAAGAAGGAACUUCUCUAAAUCCUGAGUUGUCUAUGAUACAAAGCUUGGAUGAACUAUUUGGCCCCCUAAAGAUCGAGAUAAAUGGAAUUGCGCCGUAUAUCCGGCAGCAGACAAGCUUGGAAUACUUGCCUACUCCUGUAAUACCAUGUACAGCAGAAAAUACUCUGCCAGCAGCAUAUACUGAUUUAAGCAGCCCCCUCACCAUACCCGAAGACCUAAUGCCAUGCGAACAGGAUGCUAUAGAAUAUUUCGACUUGUUUUUUGACCAUGUUCAUCCAUAUAUCCCAGUCAUCCAUCGCGCUCGCUUUUAUGAGCAAUGGAAUGCCGAUAAAAAUAGCGUAUCUCCCCUUUUGCUAGAAGCAGUAUUUGCUUGUGCUGGAAUGAUCUGUGGGGAUCCUGCCAUUGGGAUGCGAUGGCUCAACCUGGCAAACGUACACGAGUCGGCAUUUUUAGAAGCUCCGAGGCUUAGUACUAUUCAAGCAUUAUUGCUGCUUCUAAAGGCGCGAGAAGUUGCGCCAAAAAAUGGCUACUACUACAGAUCGUGGCAACUAGUGAAAACCAUGAUUUCGAUGGCCAAGGACCUCAAUAUUCAUGAGCAUUAUAGCUACCAUGCUGACGGCAAGAAUUGCGGCAUGGAAUCUACAGAGUGUCUAAUCAAAUCCAGAGUAUGGCAGACCUUACUUAUCACUGAAGUAUUGAUUGGUGUACCACAAGGACUCAAGGAUUUCGGGGUAGAUAUAGAAACGGUAGAAGCUAGAACCUCAUGGAACAUUUCCGGCCUCGAUGCGUAUGAAACGGAAAGAUCUCGACAAUAUUCUUACUUUGUUCGCAUUGCGUUGAAUAUUCGCAGAUUUGCGGAUAGUUAUAAUCAAACUAAAAAGCAACACAACUGGGCCAAAGACCCUCGUUUCACGAAAAAUAAUAACUUACUUGACCAGUGGCUUACUGACUUGCCAGCGGACCUUCAAGUUUCUCUGCCGUCAGCAAAUUCUUCUCCCUGGCUAUCAUCCCAUUUUAUGGGUAACCUGAAUAUCUGUUUUCAUCUCAAUGUCAUUUUACAAUACCGGCCACAGCUUGAAGAUUCAGCAUAUGACCAGUCGGAUGGUAUGUGGAAGGCUCGCAUGGAUCGAAGUCUUUCUUCAGCAAAGACCAUUUACCAUCUUCAGGAAGCAAUAGUCUCAUCUUAUGGGCUGCAUGGUUUAUGUUAUAUGCAAAGAGGCAUCCGAUUUACUGUAUACUGCACGCUGACUUGUCUCACAGUAUACCUGAAAGCUCUAACUUUCACCGAGUCUCACCUUGAUAUCGAUGCAAAGUUAUAUUUCUCACGACACAUGCGGCUUCUUGAGCAGUGUAACGAGGAGUGGUCCCUACCUGAAAUCCAGGCUUCGUUGUAUACUGUUCGAGCAGCAUUGUCUGCAAAUAUCAAUAUGCCUUUCGACUUGAACUCGUUUAUCUUUCCAUUUGACUUUGAUUCACAUAAUUCAACCCAAGUGGCUCAACCCAUACCUCAAAACACCCCAAAUCGUGCACUUCAGAGCCCAGACACUAUAAACGAUGCCACUGCCUCUCCAGUCUUACUCUCGACAAGGACAGAAAUAAUACCCACGACUCCUUUGCCAAUGAUUUUUGAAAUGCUGCCAUGUGAUACAGCCAUCAGUUCCUCCAUUGGCAUUCAUUUAGAAGACGGACUUGGGAUUUGGGACCCAACCCGACUUGUCACGCAAACGGACCUUGAACUCUCUUCAGGAGCGUUAUUAAGCCCAGCCUCAUCUCCAGCCUCUGUGGUAACACCAAAUCGAAACGCAGGGGAUUAUAAUUUUCCUAUUCAAUUCGACAUGAUCACCUCUCCCUUCCAAAAGGACUGUCCCUAUUACACAUUCGAUUUCGAAGCAUCAGCUACAUCUAGGGGUAUACAGGAUUGGAAUGGCGAGAUAAGCGGUAUCUAUUCUGUUCCAGGGUUAAAGAGGAAAUGGGAUGAGGUAGAGAGUUUUUUUGAAGGACAGAUUACAACGACAAAAAUAUAA